UGCCCCUGUCUGAGCGGCUAGGACUAGGUGUCGGGGUUGGAGAGGACUACCCCCUGGGUAUGGCCCCUGGUCCCCGUCCCACCAUGACCCCCCCGGGCCCAAACAUCUCCUGGUUCCCAGAGGCCCCCCUGCUGACCUCAGAACAGUCCACCUUCCUGAUGACCCCCGCUGCCCAAGCCGUGUCGGGCUUCUUCGUCUGGACCGCCCUACUCUUCACCUGCCACCAGAUCUACAUGCACCUGCGGUACUACAGUUCUCCUAAUGAGCAGAGACACAUCGUGCGGAUCCUCUUCAUCGUGCCCAUCUAUGCCUUUGACUCCUGGCUCAGCCUCCUCUUCUUCACUAACGAGGAGUAUUAUGUCUACUUUGACACCGUCAGGGACUGCUACAAGGCGUUUGUCAUCUAUAACUUCCUGAGCCUGUGUUAUGAGUACCUGGGAGGAGAGAGCGCCAUCAUGGCUGAAAUCAGAGGAAAACCUAUUCAGUCCAGUUGUAUUUACGGUACAUGUUGUCUCUGGGGGAGGAGUUACUCCAUUGGGUUCCUGCGGUUUUGUAAGCAGGCCACGCUACAGUUCUGUGUGGUCAAACCCCUCAUGGCCAUGGUCACAGUCAUCCUACAGGCCUUUGGAAAGUACCGCGACGGAGACUUCAAUGUGAACAGUGGGUACCUGUAUGUGUCCAUCGUCUACAAAUCUGUCAGCCUGUCUCUCUACGCCCUCUUUCUUUUCUAUUUCUCCACCCGGGACCUGCUCAGCCCCUACAGCCCCCUGCUGAAGUUCUUCAUGGUCAAAUCUGUCAUCUUCCUCUCCUUCUGGCAGGGCAUGUUGCUGGCCAUCCUAGAGAAGUGUGGGGCCAUCCCCAAAAUCAACUCACCCGAGGUGUCAGUGGGAGAGGGAACGGUUGCCGCCGGUUACCAGAACUUCAUCGUCUGCAUUGAGAUGUUCUUUGCCUCCCUGGCCCUGCGUCAUGCCUUCACAUACAGGAUCUACAUGGACAAGAGGCUGGACUCUCUCUCUCAGGGUCGCUGUGCCCCAAUGAAGAGCAUCUCCAGCAGCCUGAAGGAGACGAUGAACCCUGGAGACAUGGUCCAGGAUGCUAUCCAUAACUUCUCCCCGGCCUACCAGCAGUACACCCAGCAGUCCACCCUGGAACAGGGUCACUCUGCCCCGCCUGUGUCCCGCACGCACAGCACCAUCAGCACCCGCGACAACGAGAAGACCCUGCUGCUCAGCUCGGAUGACGAGUUCUAAGUUAACACACACCGGCCCCAGCCAAUCACCUCUUUACUGACUGUUGGGGUGAGGUACUACCUCCUGGUCUUAUGGAGUAUUGGCAGGGGAUUUAAAGUGUGUUGUUUGGGGUUGGCAUCGACCUCAAUACAGGACCAUAUGACUUAGCCUGGUCCAUUCAAUAUCCUCUACUACACACAAUUCAGGACUUUACAGGAACUCUUCUCUUGGUAGAAUAUACGCUUAUUGGGAACAUGAUGUUAUGGUUGAAACCAUUGUCUAAAAAAACUUCAAUGGUUGGUUAUAUAGGAUUUAUA